AUGUUCAUCACCGAGGAGGUUUUUGCGUGCUUCCGCGGGUGGCGUCAGGACGCGGUGGCCAGCGCAUUUUUUGCAGACAAUGAGGACGCGUUGUUUCUCCUUUCGGCGAUGAACGCCGUUCCUGGAGUUCUGAAGGCGCAAGAACCCGGCGAGUCCACCACGGCGCUUGAGUUGCACACACGCUGCUGUCAAGGCUCUCGGCUUCUUUUAGAGCCGGAGCGUCUGCUGCUUCUGCAAUUACUGCAAUCCCCGUCACUCAUUCAGGUAGAGAAGAAGACCGAUCUUGUAGACAACGCCAAGGACACGGGUGAAGCCCCGACGGGGGAAUUAACGGAUCCAGACGGAAGGAACAUCGUCGAUCGCCUUCUACGCGAUCUUCACUUGUCAUCUUGCUGGUGGCGUCAAGGGGAGUACGUGUGGCAGACGCUAAAGACGUCCCACUUCUCCUUGACCGGCACGUCUAUUAUUCGUCACCGCUGUGCCGCCGUUCUGGUGACGGAUGCCAUCUCCGCCUCCCCACAGGGAGCGAGGCUAACGCCCACGCCUGGGGGUGGGCCCAGUGCCGUGAAACUGCUGCUCCCUAGAGGGUCACCACCGUCGUUUAUUCGCAGCGCACUGAUUUCGCCGCUAGUGGAAUGCCUGCGUACGGGAAUGGCGCAGCCCUCAAUUCGCCUGACAGGCAGCGCACCGAUGAGUCUACUGCGGGUUGUUUUUGCCCUAAAGCGGACACGCUCCUCUGAGGAGAACGAGGAGCACAGUGGCGACGAAAGCGAGGACCUUGCGCCCUCCGUCUCUCUCGUACUCGCUCUCCUCGGCUACACCGUGUCGCAGACAGGGACCCACAACGCAUGCGACGCAGGUGAGAAGCACAAGGCGUGGGAGCAACUUUUUGCGGAUAUACGAUGCCAUUUCUGUGGUGGGAGACCCCAGCGAACCUUUGAAAAGGUGGCAGCUGAUGCGGCUCAAGAUCCACCGCCACCACUGGGACAAAUGGCAGCGGAAGAAGUCACGGAGGGAGAUGGCAAGACAAGCCGCGAGAGGGAGGAGGUUUUAUUGCCCGCAAAGGCAACUAGUUUAGAUCGCCCCGCGCAAGCAACAGAAAAAGCGACACCACAACAACCGAGUAAUGAGAAUGAGCAGGAGAAUGUACAGGCACAGUUUGCCGUCGUAUGUGGCGAGGACGAAGCCACGGCGUCUUCUCAGAUCCGCUCCCAUUACACACUUUAUUUGAGUGAAGAGGAGAAAGUAUCCGGUCACCACGGCGCCUGUCCUUGGAGGGCUUUGUUUCUUCUUCCUGUUCUCGCCGACGCCAUUUCCUCCUCUCCCUCGAAAGAAGUGGCUUUUGAGCUCUGCAACGCCGACGAGGCGGGAGGAUCUUUGCGGAUGUGCUUUAAGCUGCCGGAGGUGGCAAAAUUGAUGGAAUGUUGGAGACGCAGUGUGUACGCCGAGUCGGUUUGGAGGGCGAAUUACAUCAAACAUCCAUUGCCGGCGGCUUUGCUAUCGGUGAUUCCACCCCCUGCCGAUUCAAAGACGGAGGCGUUUCUGGCGGAGUUGGCGUCCCGUGGCGCGGGGGAGGAGAGUCUGCAACUGAAGCCCCUCAUACCCCUCUUUGAUGACCGCAGCCGCUGGGAAAGUUACUUUCGCGUAGCCUCCUUCCUCAAGGCUGCAGCUCCGGCAGAUCACGGGGGAGGUGAAGGACGCGCGGGGGAUGCGAUGGAGAGUAACAAGCCUCUUAAACUGGAGGGAGUCGGACACUGGAAGGCGCUCUACGACAUGGGGCGUCGCUGCAUCUUGGCAGCGGUGGACGAGGCAAGCCAAGAAACGGCUGUGGAGUUGUCAGCGAAAUUCAAAGAACAGUAUCAGCAGUAUCUGCAGCAAUGCGCAAUGGGAGGCCAUACAACUUCGCCGCUUGAAGGAGUAAUGGGUAAGCUGUUUCACUCACUUCGUGAGGCGUUGAACCUCGACUCGCCCAACGGCAGCAAAGCUUUCCUCGAUGGAUCAUAUCAGGAGCCACAGAUCCCUCUGCAGGAGCAAAAGCGUGUUCACUCGUUUUUAGACGCACUUGACGACGUGGUGGAGAGGGUUACCCAAGAGCCUCUCUUGACGCAACCUGCGGAUCCAGUCAAGCACCACGUUUUAUCCCACGCCAACAGCAGUGAUAGCUACCCGAGGAAAGGAGGUGUCAGCAGGGCUCAGCACAAGCAACAACAGCAACACCAGCAGUAUAAGCCACAACACCACCACGAACAUCAACAUCACCAUCACCAUCAGCAGCAGCAGCAACAACAACAACAGCAGCAGUGGCUUUGUCAACAAGGGCUGCAGCCGCCUUGGGGGCAGCAAAUGGUUUUACCGCCUUCUCCCGCACCAGAGGGCGUUUUUCCUUUUCCUGCCAUGGGGCACGUAGGUGGUGUUCUACCGACGCCAAUGCCACUCUUGCAACAGCCGCAGCAACCGCCGUUUCAGCCGGCUGUGCAAGGCCUCCCCUUUCCUAGCCUUAACCGGAACGCGGUGCUCGGUAUAGAAUCUGCGUGGCCCAUGGACACCCCGUUCAUGCAACGACCCACUGUCAUGGGGCAAGCUCGAGCGCCGGCUCUUAACCCUGUGCCAGGGCGGAAAGGUGGGCGCGGUGGGAAUUCUCGCAGUGGCAGGGGUGGUGGGCGAGGGGGGCGAGGAGGUGGAAACGCAUUUAGGGGGUGA